UUGGGACAAUGCUCAAAGUUGGAAGUCCUUCAAUAAGACCCAAACGUUCACAACCUUCGUCCUUUUCACUGUCUCCGAACUCCCAAAGCCUCCAUCUUUCACCGCACGGGUCUCUCUCUCUCACAUGAUUCUCGUGUUCAAGGGCAAACCCUAGAAGCUUCUUGAGGAGGCGAAGGGCGGUGUGUCUUUUAAGGUGAAAGGGAUUGUUAGAAGCAAAGGCAUCUUUGGGGUUUUCAGAAAAAAAAUCCCUUUUUUUUUUGCUGAUAUUUGAGGUUGAGGAUCAUGGACCAGCAAGGGCAUGGGACACCUCCAGUGAUGGGUGUGGCGGCGCCAGUGCAGUAUGGCACCCCGGCUGCUGCUGGGGCACCCUACCAGGCAUACCAGCACAUGUUUGCUCAGCAGCAGCAACAGCAGCAGCAGCAGCUCCAAAUGUUCUGGGCUGACCAGUACCGUGAGAUCGAACAAACUACUGACUUCAAGAACCAUAGCCUUCCACUUGCCAGGAUCAAGAAGAUCAUGAAGGCUGAUGAAGAUGUGCGAAUGAUCGCAGCUGAGGCUCCUGUUGUGUUUGCACGUGCCUGCGAGAUGUUCAUCCUUGAGCUCACCCAUCGAUCAUGGGCUCAUGCGGAGGAAAACAAACGCCGAACCCUGCAGAAGAACGACAUUGCUGCUGCAAUCACUAGGACAGAUGUAUUCGACUUCUUGGUUGACAUUGUUCCAAGGGAGGAGGGGAAGGAGGAUGUCGUUCCACGGGCGCUGGGUGCACCUGCUGGUGAUCCACUGUCCUACUAUUAUGUGCAGCAGUAGCAAUAACAAUGAUGUGAGUCAUUGUGCAUGAGCCAA